AUGGCCGACCAACCCGUAUACGGAGAUGUCGCGGCCAAGCAGAGACCGUCAUGGAAGAGCUACUUCUGGGAUACGCUGGAUCUUUCAAAGGAGGAACGCUGGCUGCUGUUCAAGCUAGAUGCGUGCGUGCUCACCUUUUCCUCGAUCGGCUACUUCCUCAAAUACCUUGACUUGAACAAUAUCACAAAUGCCUAUCUCAGUGGCAUGGAGGAGGAUUUGGAAAUGUACGGGAAUCAGCUUGUCACCAGCACCACCAUAUUUACCAUUGGCUACGUGAUCGGACAAGUCCCGUGUAACCUGCUAUUGACUCGAGUGUCACCGCGUUGGGUGAUUCCCUCACUCGAGGUGGGUUGGGGUAUAGCGGUCAUCUGCAUGUCCAGCGUAAAAUCAUACCAGGCUCUUUAUGCUCUUCGCUUCUUGGUGGGCAUUUUUGAAUCCGGCUUUUACCCUGGCAUACAUUACAUGCUAGGCUCGUGGUACAAACCGUCUGAGAUUGGCAAGCGGGCAAUGAUCUUCUGGCUUGCUGGAACGGUGGGCCAGUUAUUUAGCGGUUUCCUACAGUCUGCUGCUUAUACGAAUCUGGACGGAGUAGAUGGACGCGCGGGCUGGAGAUGGCUGUUCAUCAUUGACGGCAUCAUAACCUUUCCUCUGGCAGUAGCUGGGUAUCUUUUCUUUCCCAAUCUACCCCAGAGCGGAAUAAAAACAUGGUACAUUACUGAAGAGGAACAUGAACUUUCCAUUCAGAGAAUGAAGUCCAUUGGACGCGUAGGAAAGGCGCCUUGGACGAGGCACAAAGUUAUAGCACUGCUCACAAGCUGGCACACGUACCUCCUACCUCUAUUGUAUAUCUUAUGGAAUAACGGGGGUCCUCAAGCUGCCAUGGGAUACUGGUUGAAGAGCUUCGAUAAAGAUCCUCCACCAGUCCCAGGGACUUACUUUUCUAUACCACAAAUAAACAACUUACCCAAUGUCACAUCCGCUAUUUUCAUUGUCAUGGCUUUAAUCUGGGCCUGGCUUUCCGAUGGUGUUCUUCGUGGAGCUCGAUGGCCAUUCAUAUACAUUGGCGCGGUCAUAACCCUGUUAUUCUCCGUUCUCCUGCGCCAAAUGCCCUUGUACGAGAACAUCCAUGGUCGCAUGGUGGUCUAUUGGCUCAGUAAUAUUGGAUUUGGAGCUGGCCCACUUAUACUCACUUGGAUAAAUGAAAUAUGUACUGCCGAUACAGAAAAAAGAGCACUCCUUGUCGCACUGGCCAAUGAUCUUGCCUAUGUCGUGCAGGCUGUCGCCCCGAAUUUCGUAUGGAAAACGACAGACUUUCCUGCUGCCAAAAAAGGGUACCUGUGGUCAAUUGUCCUUCAGGUUUUGUUGAUUGUUUUGACUGCUGUCAUUCAGUUUCUACUCUGGUAUGAUUCGCGAAAGGAGAAGACAUCGGCGAAACUCAAUGCCAAUGAUAUUGAGGCGGAUUCCGAGGACCUAGUUCCUAACCCGCCGAAGAAGCCGGAUGAUAAGGUUGUUAUUGGUACCUCGCGAGAAGUACCGAGUUUGGAACACGAUGUUUGA